GUGCCUUAUCAAGCCUCAUGUUUGCCUACGAUGAUUAAGGUCAAAGUUCACGACUGAUGAUUUUCACGAUCCAAAGCUACGAGUCUCGUAUGGGUUCAUGAUGUCUUAUCUACCAUUUUUAGAUAUGAGAACGACCGACGACCCAAUAGACCAUGGACUCCAAUCGGAAGCCCAAGGUAUUCAGGCUACGACAACUACCCGGCGAUGCCAACAAAUCUCAAGCACUUGUAUAUCUCAGCAUAGGUCUUGGCAGUAUACCUGUCGAUAGCAUUCAUAUAUACUCGUUGGCAACGAGUCUCAGUCCCUGGCGACCAACCAAGACAGCUACUCUCAUGUUCAAUCCGCCACCCGCGCUUCUUCAGGGGGACCCGAGCAAAGACGAGUGGCAAAUCAGAGUGAAUGGGCUCGAAGAGCCUUUAAUAUUAGACACCCAUUUUCGUGGUUUGACGCCGCUUCGUGAGCCUACUUCAGACCAUUGUUUUGAUUGCAUCGCCCUCUCAGGGCUUUCAAGCCAUCCUUUUGGCUCAUGGCAACCAAAGAAAGGUGACAAGACGUUCAUGUGGAUUAGAGAUGCGUUGCCCCUUGAUCUUCCUCAGCUCAGGCCUAUCAUCUAUGGAUACGAGACAACGUUGCCUAAGAGCAAAUCAUUCCAGAAUAUCACCGAUCUAGCCUCGCAAUUAAUCAAUCAGCUAGCAUCUAACGGAUGGACUGCAUUGAGCGCAAAACCUUUAGUGUUCCUAGCACAUAGCCUGGGUGGGCUCGUCCUUAAGCGUGCUAUUGUAGCCCUCGCGAAUAGUGGCUAUGAUGAUAGCGCGAUACAAAUUGCUGGGGGUAUUUUCUUCGGGGUGCCAAACUUUGGCAUGGAACAGUCAUCAUUUCUCUCUAUCGCUGAGGGUAAUCCUAAUGAGAUGCUGGUGGAAGACCUCUCACCUCAUUCUCCUUGGUUGAAGGGUUUAGAGUCACAAUUCAAUGGCAUCUCAUACCUGAGGAAGAUGAACAUGUUCUGGGGGUACGAAACCUGCACAUCUCCAACCUUGAUUCAAAAUGAUGAUGGGGAAAUCGUAUCUGGCCCUGAAGUUGUUCUCGUCACACCCCAAUCGGCCACUCGAGGUUUGCUCGAAAUAAACGAAAGCCAGACAUUUCCCCUCAACGAAAACCAUUCCAACAUCGUCAAAUUUAACUGGGGCCAUGAAGACUAUGGAGUCAUUGUCAAGAAGCUUUCUCACAUUUGUUGUAUUGACCCGACCAACUAUGAUUCUGACGAGAUUGACGAAAGCCGCUCACCUAGUCUGACCUGCGACGAUAUUAAGUCGAAUGGCCAAGGCAAAGGCCGAUACAUGAAGACAUCACUAGGACUUAAGCCCGCUCGUGUGGGAAAGUCUCAUACCAGUCAAGAAAAGCCCCAGCUAAGUCUGGAACAGAUCGUGGAUAUACUACUCGACUCUCUCAAAGUAACUUCGCGGGAUGAUCGAAUCCAGGGUAUUCAAACACACUUCCGUGAUACAUUUGAUUGGAUAUUUAACCAUUCAGAGUGUGGAUUUCUUCAUUGGCUACAGUAUGGACAGGGUGCCUUCUGGAUUAACGGCAGCCCUGGAUCAGGAAAAUCCACUCUUAUGAAAUACAUUUUCCAAGAUGAACGCACUCGCGAGCUCCUUCACGACGUCCAGAACUCGCACGACGAGGUUUAUGCCGGAUUCUUCUUUCACCACCGCGGCUCGGCAGUACAAAAAUCAUUCGAUGGCCUAUUACGAAGUAUCCUGAGUCAAUUUCUAGAGCAGAACCAGAAUGUCGGCUCGAUACUAUCCCCACUUCUCCCCGUUAAACGUGAUAAAUAUGGGAGAGUCAAAGUGGCCGCUCAUAAUUGGUCUAGGGCAAUGCUGGAGAAAGCCUUCACUAUGGUCUUGAAGCAGCAACAGUUUGAACUAGACAUCUUCCUUUUUCUGGAUGCGUUAGACGAAUACCACGGACGUCCUGAAUUCAUCGCCAGCUUCAUCGAAAGUCUUGUGAAGCAAGAGAAGACGUCUAUGACACGUCUUAAGGUGUGCUUUUCAAGCCGACCAUGGGACGCCUUCACUACUCGCUUCAAAGACUAUGCGAGCAUUACGAUCCAAGACUUCACCAAAGACGACAUACGCCGCUAUUGUCUGGGUGUAAUGGAUGAUAAUCUCUCUUCUGAUAUUUCUAUUCCUAUAGAGGUAUUGGUUCCACAAGUUGUCGAUCGGUCGAAAGGGGUUUUCCUCUGGGUUAAGCUAGUAGCCGGCGACCUUGCCCGUGCUGCCAAUGCAGGGUUGAGCGAGGCAGACCUGGAGCGCUUACUUCAAUCGCUACCAGCGGAACUCGAUGAAUAUUACGUAGAGAUCGUUCAAAGGACGCCGGUAUCAUCACGGUGGACUCUUUACGCCAUGUUGGAAAUUGCUACCCGUUCCUACUAUCCUUUAGAAGGGCCUGAUUUCAUUGACGCAGUUGAAUGCUCUCGAUUUACGUCUUGGCAUGAAGCGCUGUCGAGGGUAGAGAAAUUGUGGUUGUUAGGGGAAGUAGAACACGAAGAGUACGCUGCAAAGCAGAUCAAGAUCCAUUCUCAAGGGCUCAUCGAAAUUCGAGGAAAAUUCGUCGAACUCCUGCAUCAGACUGUUCAAGAAUUUGUGAGCCAACCGAAAUUCAACGCUCUAGUCCUUGACACGGAAGCAAAGCUUACUUUUGAGAACGGGUAUUCUUUUCUGGUGAAAUGGCAUUUACUUGAUAAAAUCUUCGACAGUCCCAACAGGAAAAACAAGGACGGAGACGAUUCAGAUGAGAAAGGAAUAGACGAAGAGGAUGUAACCCAAAUCAUUUCGUAUGGAAAACUAUCAGAGGAAUCUACCGGCCGCAGCAUGAGGACUUUCCUCGACAGCAUUCCCCCUAAAAAAUACAGCCGGAUCGGUCAUGUCUCUGGUGCCUGGAUACAGAGCUCCAUCGAGUUUGCCGCAUUUGCGACGUUACUUCUCUAUUUUCGAGAAUCCUUCCAGAGAGAUCCGUCUUUUUUGAAGAAAUGCGAUGCCAGUAACCAAAAGUCGUUGAUUUCGCUCUGUCUUGGUCUCUUCCGGAUAGGUACCGACCACCACGUUUCCAGCCAAUACCUCAACUUCGAAGGUGGAGAGGAGCUGGCCAGACUCAUAAUGGAUAAUGGUUAUAAAAUCCAAUAUGACGAAUCCGCGUUUCAUAAAGUCAUAUGUUAUUUAACCAUGUCUAGGCAAGGCGAUAUUAGAAAUAAGUGUAUUGACUUCGUCGUACGUUUCCUCGAGCUUGGCCAGGACCCGAAUGCACCGAUGACCAUUCAUCAUUCGUCAGAGACGCAUCGGCUAAAAUGCACCGCGCUACACUUGAGUCCACCGGAAAUCGUCCCAUCGUUACUUUUCUAUGGGGCCGAAGUGAACUACAAGGAUUCUGACGGGAUGACGCCUCUAGACAGACUUUGUUGCAACGUCUUACCGACGACAAGAAUUGAGAUCUACCUCUACGGAAACCAUACAAGAAAUGUAUCGGAUUCCUACCAGGUGGCUUGCAUGUUGGCCGACGCUGGCGGGCAACGGGUACGCAGGAUAAUGGAUGAAUCCUGGAAUAGGCUCAUGAAACUGUUCUUAGAUAAAGGUUACGACGUAGAAACACUACAGCCGCUCGCUUUUAAGAACGACUCUAAAGGUUGGCUACCAUGGCUGUAGGCCUAGCUCUCUUAGAGCCUUCGAUAACCACUUGUGCAUUAUUAUCGCUUUAUGUAUAUACAAGCCGGAGCAUAACGAUUUCGGGUAUGAAAUAUUAUUUGAAUUAUAUACCACUGGGGACGAUUGGGUUCUGUCAAGCUUACCUAGUAGGUAGUAUAGGUAGAUAGAAUACACUUAUAUAAGUCUAGGAAGGUAACCCGAUGGGGAAGGGGUGUUCCAAUCAAAGGUCUACUAAACUAUUAGGUAUCUAAUAGCUUGUUACUGCAAUAUGGUGCUAAAGCCUAGAGACUUUAGUCGGUUAAAGGGUCGAUCAUCGCUCGUCUACUAGG